UAGAUUCAUUAUAAUAAAAAUGCGUAACUUUGCAGUGGCCAUGUUUUCAGCAUUUUUAGCGUUCACUUUCAGCUGUGUUGUUUAUCUUUCUGUUAAUUAUUACUUUGAAUUAAUACCUACUGCUGAUGAGGUUCAUCACAACUUCUGCCCAUUACCAGAUCCAAACUACGUACCCGUUGUGGGAAUUCUGACCCAGGACAACAUCUACGAGCCCAAAGGACAACAGAGUGGUCGUUACGUGUUAUGGGCCACGUAUGUGAAAUGGAUGGAACAAGCUGGUUUGAGAGUUGUACCUGUGUUGAUGGACCAGUCAGAUGACUAUUACAGAGAGGUUUACAAGAGGGUUAAUGGGCUGCUAAUACCAGGGGGCAACGUCAGUAUUGGUGAUGGAGCUGGAACAACAGGAUGAUUUAUGAUUACUAACCAUUUAUUGUCAU